AUGAAGGUCUCUGUGGCUGCUCUUUUCCUCCUCCUACUCCUCACCCUCAUCAUGAUUUCUGCUGUUCACAGUCAGCUAAGAAUGCCUGAGUGGGUGAACACUCCACCCAGCUGCUGUGUAAAGUAUCAAGAGAAAGUACUGCCAAAGAAACUGGUGGCGGGUUACAGAAAGGCCCUCAACUGUCACCUGCCCGCAAUCAUCUUGGUCACCAAGAAGAACUGGGAAGUCUGCACCAACCCCAACAGCAACUGGGUCCAAGAGUAUAUCAAGGAUCCCAACAUACCUUUGAUGCCCUCUGAAAAUUUGGUCUCAUUUACAAACAGCAGCUUCCUGCUGUCUGGGGAGAAGCUCCCCCAGAAGAUGAAGCAAAAGAGGAGGCAAUGA